AUGGCGCCGGCAGCAGCAAGCCGAGCUACUGGUGGCUCAGCCCCUACUCGCUUGAUCUCCAACCCCAAGAGCAGUUUCUUGGUGCCACCUCCCAUUCGGCUGCCACGUCGCGCUGCCGGCAGCGGCGGCGGGAACAGGGCCGUGCCCCUCGGCGUCGGGCGGCACGCCGACAACGGCUCGUCCUCCUCCGAGGGCGGCCGGCUGGUGGACGAGGACAUGGCGACGCUGCGGCGGCGCAUCCGCAAGGCGCGGGCGAAGUCCUCGUCAGAGGAGAAUGACACUUAUGACGCUGACGUCGAUGCCGGCCCCGGCGCCGGCAUCCCGCUGCCGACUGAGUGGACGGAGCUGGAGCGGCGGCACCACGGGAGCUACGUGGCCGGCGUGCGCAGCGCGGUCGGCCUUCUCGAGGUGCUCCUCGUGAACACGCGCCCGGGGCUCGGCGCCGGCUUGCUGGCCAUGCUGCUGCUCGGCGUGCCGGCGUCGCUGUUCCUCGUCUGCGCGCAGCUGAUCCAGGCCGCUGAUUCCGUCUGGUCCGGAUGA